AAGCUGUGCACGACCAUAAAAUGAUCAAUAAAAUCGCGCUGGAUCAUUUUAAGUGAAUAUUUUUAUCAGAUUCGUUUUCCAAGUUCCAUUGACUUUCUAAAUUUAAAAAAAAAAAAAUUGCCACCUCACGAGGCCUUUAAAAAGCUCAUAUUGAAGUUUAGUUUGAUCAUAAAACUAAAUUCCUGCUUAAAAUGAGUUGCACAUACUUGAUGUUUGCGGGUGUCACCACAGUUUAUAAAUAGUACAAGGUGUCACUGCGAAAAGACAACAAAACUGAGAACUUCUGUCAAAUUCUGUUCUAUUCAUUCUAUUCUGUGUCUGAACUCAUUGGUUUGGAUUUGUUACGAAUGCAAUGACGCAUUGUAAAGUAAAUACAAAUGCAUUUGGCCUCAUUUUUUGCAUAAAUAGUCCAGAACCAAACAUUUUUUGCAGUAAACAUUUCAUUUUUUAACUUUAGUCCAGAAACUCUCUCUCUCGCUCUCUUCCUCUUUCUUCAUCAGUUUAAGAUUUGUUCAAAUAAGGACAUGUCAGGUCUUCCUCUCACCUUAUAAAAACGAUUCUCCUUCUGCGUUCUGACCACAAUCUCUGACUAAACUUCAGCUUCUUUGACGCAGCAACAACAGCAUCUCUCAAGACAAUUUAACAGGAUCAUCACAUCAUCCUUAAAGAUGAAGAUGGAAGGACUCCUCUGCAUGUCAGUGAUCAUGAGCGUGAUUCUUCUUCAAAGCUGCUCCUGUAUCGACGAGAAUCAUCUGGCUCAAAUGGUGAAUGUGAUUUGGACAAACUACCGCCCAGGAAAGAUGUUCAGCAUAGCUGCAAGCAUCCCAAAAAUAAAGAACCAAGUGGGCACAUUUGAUUUCCACCAAGUCCUAAAUACUAAGAAUGCUGAGGAGGUGAAGAAUGUGAUAAUGGGAGGGCACGUGUAUAAAACAGGCAGGAUUGUUGCAGCGACAUUUAUCCCAAAACCAAAAGAAGGAACCAAAGGAAAUAUACAUGCAGAGUAUCGAGUUCUUCAAAACUUUGACAACUUGAUUAAUCAAGAAUCUGAUCUCAAAAAUGACUUGAUGCUUUUUUAUGUUCUAGCAGCUCCUUGUACCGUCAAGUGUACAAAUGAAAACCAUCAAGAAAGCAUCCUUAAUUAUUUAAAAAAACUGAAAAAGUGGACACAUUAUGCUGUUGUAUUCUCAUAUCUGUACAAACCCAAUAAUUCGCAGCACAUUCCGGAUAAGGACCGCAAAGCAGGUAUUGAGAGACUUGGAAAGGAUCUGGGUCUUAAGAAUGUGUUUCGAUGCGUUAAAAACAAUGAGGGGCGAAUGCAGUGCAGCACCUGUGCAGGCGCAAACAACCAGGCAGCUCAAACUUGUUUUUCAGACUCUGUUUAGACUCAAAUUACACCUGAAGGGGUUGGAAGAAGAGGAGGCAGAAGGAGCACUGGAGGAUUAAACAGAAAAAUCUGGUUUGAAACAGUAAAAGACUAAACCAGUCUUGCUUAAAUAACUGCCAAAACAAGCUUUGCACUCAUGAAGUCACAGCUCACUGAAAGUAAACUUACAUUAUUCUGAAAUCUAUACAAUAUUUCUACAAAGUUCACUAUAUAUUCCAGUUAAUCAUUUGAGUGUUACAGUUAUUUUAAAUAAUAUCAAAUUCAGACAAUGUAUGCACUUAUAGAAAUCAAGGAAGUAAAGGAGGAAAUUAACAUUCUUCACUUUUUUUACCACUUCUGACUAUUUUUUUUAAAGAUUUUACUUUAAUGCUUUUCUUAUCCCACCAGAAAAAAGCAUCCAUCUUAAAGUUUAUGAAGCUUCAUGAACUUCAUUUAUUCAAUAUGUAACGUCUCUCUCUAUAGGAAGUUAAGAACAGCUCUGUACUGUGGAAAAAACAUUGUGAUGAACCAUUUAUAUGGAUAAUACUCUCGCUUAAGACAAUUUCCUUUCCUUAGUUUUUAGGCAAUAACAGGAGAAAAAAAAUUUUGAAGAAACUCUAUUGUUUCUUCAGUUUAUUCAUCCUGUCACUUCCUCUUAUUGGCAUUUGUUGCUCCACUAUCAGGACAAAAACUUUUGCUGAAUUCUAUGUAAAGUUUAACCAAAUUAAAUCAUGUAUUUGUGUUAUUGUGAUUAAAAAAAGCUUCAUGUGAUAAAUCUUUCUGCAAUUAAAGUUCA